UUGUGGUUUUUUCUUUGUUUCGUCCCAAACUUAACUAAUUUGUCCUAACUUAGACCUUCCAACACCUCUCAUCGAGGAACUUCUUCCUUACCUGACUGUCUGUCAGCUUGAUGAGCUCCAGCCUCCCCUAAACCAGAGAGGGAUAUCAACUUACUCUGGGUGGACUGCAAUACUACAGGACCUGAAAGGACCCCACCAAGCUCUAGACUUCCGCACAGAAGAAGAGGCCAAACACGAAGUUAUGAGAUUGCUUUUUACUUUUAUAUUCAGUGGCAACAGAAAUUCCUAUGUCACCAGAAACAUCAAACAUUUAAACACCCUAUCCUUCCUGCUGGCUGCAGCUAAAUGUAUCAGACAUUUUUCACUAGAUAUGCCAGGUAAAAGGUUAACUGGUGAGCAGCAGCCUCUGCUGAACGUCUUAGAAAGACAUAUCUGGAGUAUUGGUGUAUCACACGACAUUAAUCUGUCAAAAAGGAAGACUCAGACUACACUGUAUGUACUCCACCGCCUUCUGGACCACGGGGUGGCUAAAAAGAUUGUUUUAAACACAGAGAGUCCUGCAGUCCUGGCCUGGCUCCUACAUGGUAGGGGAUCUCAGUAUGUCAGCCCCGAGCUGAAGGACAGAAUGCACAGCAAAAAGAGAAGCUGUAUUUCACAAGCUGCUUCAGCCAGUUCAGACGGAGUCAGCUGCAGUCCAGGUCUUGGGACAAGGGCUUCACAAGAUCACAAGGAUCAAGUCACUCCCUGCAAACGCACAAAGCUGGACUCAGUGUCUCUACAGGAGGAGGAAUCUGAAAAAGCAAACUUCACUGUGGACCCGCAGGUUCUCUGCCAAAUCCUCAGUCCAUGUGACGAGUCCUCAGCAGUGGCUUGCCCAUGGGGACAGAUUGAAUGUUUGGAGAUCAGACAGUGUGGCUCCAACAUCCUCCGUGUGCUGAUCGCUGCCCUGCCCACAUUCUUCUGCCUUCGCUCUCUAAGUCUUCACAGCUUCUUUUUGCGUGUAGCGACCUUCAGGGACUCAGAUGUGUUGGGCCUGGCCAGAGCUCUGCAGCAGCUGACUGAGAGCUCCCGUAGCUCUCUCACUGACCUGAGCAUUGGCAUCCUGCCUUACAACAACCUCGUAGAGAUCCUGCUGGAUUCAAGCCCCAACUUGACUUCCCUGUAUGUGGAGAUCGAGACAUUUAUGUGGGGGCCAACCUACUUCAUACAUCAUCCCAGGCCUGCGGAGUCUGACGUGUCAGAGCUGCCCCUGGAGAAGCUGGCACUCAAAGUAACUGAGGUCCAAAGAGAUCUGUGCUACGUGACAUCUGUGCUGAGACGCUCGCCAUAUCUCACCUCAUUUCACGCAGUCGGGAUAAGAUUACCAAUUGGCUCCUCUCAAAGCCAACUCCUCAGCACUCUCUCAGAGUCAAAUCGCUUUUUGAGGAGUCUCAACUUGGAGGACAUGAACCUGUCUGAUUGUCUUCCUAACAUCCUCGAGCUGCUGAGAGACUGCAAGUUGGAAGAGCUGUGGCUUAAAGACUGCCGCCUUCUGGAGAGGUUGAGCAGCAAAGAGGAGAGUUUGCAGAAGCUGGUGGCUGCUCUGAAGAUGGUGCCUUCUCUCCAGUUACUCAGCCUGGCUCAGAAUCGCCUAGCCAGGAACGUGUUUGUGCUGGCAGAGCUUUUCUCAGGAUCCUCACCGAGCUCAUUGAAACAUCUGGACAUCAGUUCCAACUUCAUUCACCCUGCUGAACUGCUGGAGUUCGCUGAGAGACUGAGGACACAUCAUCCAGCAGACCGCUUGACCCUUGACCUGAGAAGAAAUCUCGGAGACCGAGAUCCCGACACCUGGAACACUGCAUUGAAGAUGCUCCAGCCAUUCUGUGUUCUGCUGGUUAAUGGAUGGAAUUCCACCAACACAAUGGCGGACUACAUCAGCAACAUGUGAACUCCCUGUGGGAGUGAAAGGUGGCUGUGAAAAGGUAGCACUUAAUGUAAAGUUUGUAUUUUUCUCUUUGACAGAAGAAUGACUGUGUUCAGUUUGAGCUGCAGAUUCCAAAGUCAAGCUUUUAUUGUGUUUUCAGAUCUUUCUUGACUCACACCUGCAGCAUCAGUCACCUCUCCACUGUCCAUAAGCUGCAGUGUGUGUGUACGCACUGUUUUGAGCAGUCAGAUGGAGAGCAGAGAAGUGUAUCAAUCUGGUUUUACAAGUUCUUCUAGAAAUGCAUCUUUCUGUUAAAAUUACAGUUAUGGUAGGACAUACAUGAUUUUACUUUGUCAUUAGCUGUGUGACAUAUUUCAUCGGCUCCAUUUAUGUGACAUUUAUUUAAUGCAACAUUUAAUAUGUUCUCUUGUAUCA